AUGUCAAACUUUGGAGUCAGUGAAGAUGUGUGUCUAUUUUUAGCAGUGCUGCUAACAAGAAAUAAGCUCCUGGCUAAAUUAGCGGCCAGGACAACCUGGGUUUCAUUAACCAAGGCAGUGGAGGAUGUGAGUCAGCAUAGGCUAUGCCCGGCUGAGGCCCUGAAAGAGAAAACAGAAGACACUCAGGCAACACUUUCAGAAAUUGAGAGGAAAAGUGAGGUCACAGAAGAACUGAGAUCCAAAAUGAGGGAAAUCCUAGUGCUGGAAAGUGAGGUGGAGCAGCUGGAGCAGCAGACCAAACUCCUUCAUGAUCGCUGUGCAUACAUUGGCAAGGACGCAGAACUCCAGGUUCUUAUAGCCGAGGAGGAGGAGGCUGCACAAGCGACGCUUGCAGGGUUCAGCGCUUACCGAAACAAGAUGGAAGCUCACAAGGCAGCUGUUUUACAUGCAGCCAAGCCAGACAAAGGCCCAAAAGAGCUGAAGGAGAAGAAAGAACUAGUGCUGAUGCUGAGACAGAAGAAGGAGGAAGCUGAAGAACGAUCUGAGAAUCCAAAUGGAAACACAGUGCAGAUGGCAAAGAGAGAGGUUAAUGCUCUGAAAGAGGAGAUUUCCCUGAAGAUGAAGACCAUAUCUGAAAAGCGUGGGCAGCUGCAAAAAGAGUUGGAGAUUUGUGCACAGAUAAAGAAGGACAUAGAGAUCCAGAACAGGCGUUAUGAAGCCAUCAUCAAGCGCCUCCGCUGCCAGCUGAGCAGGGCGCAGGCCAACCACAGGCAAAUGUCUGAUGAUAUCUACCACAUGAGGAGACAGCUAGCCGAGCUCAAGAGGCAGCAGCAGCAGUCAUCAAAACUGCAGUGUCAGACUAAUGUUGGUUGGUUGUUCUGUUAUCAGGACAAAUGCAAGCCUGUUGUUAUGGCUGUGUUACUUUAUAAGGAAGGAGCAUUUUUGUUAUUGAAGUUGAACAACAGGGGGCAGCAGUCACCACUGAAUGUCUGACUUUAUCUGUUUGACUUUCUUGCUUUAUGCCAAAUAUUUACACAGGAGUUACUGUUAAAUAUGUUCCUUGAAAUAUGCAAGUUUUUCUUUUUCCAGAUGGAAACCAUAAAUGGAAAUGAAAGAAAGAAAUACAGGAGUGCUUUGGUGUCUUGUGGAUCAGCAUCAGCAAAGGCGUGGGAUGGGAUUUCAGGUCAUGUGGUGACAUUGAAGCAAUUUGUACACAACAGUAAACCAAGCAAAACACAAGCCAAGUGUCCACUGUAACUGUCAGUGUGACAGUGCUGCUUUGGUACACGCUGUCCCAGCUUCUGCCUCACUGGGCCCCUUGAUGCCUCUGAGGCGACAGUCCCACUGUUGGGUUAACAAGGGCGUGACUGUGCUACUUCAGCCAUAACGCAAAACUAAUUAAACAAUGAAGCUGCCUUUUCAGAAGAUGAAAUCACAUCAGAAUGAAUUGAAUCAGCCUCUGAGAAAAGCUGUAGCUUAGUAACUCCACAGUUUUCAUAUCUGAAUUGUGUCCUUCUGGCUGUUAUUUGAACAGCUGUUAAACAGAUGUAUAGUGAAGGAAAGACACAGAAAUACAUAAAAAUGUUGCUGAGAAGUGGGUUUUAUCUGCUGAAGACUAAAGUGCAGCAAAUUUGAUUACACAGAGCCUAAAUGGAAGAUUCUGUUAACAAAUUUUAUUUUAUUUUAAAAAGAGCAUGGCAAUGCUUCAACCACACCGAUGUUUGUUACAUUUAAAAACAAUUAUUACAUGAAAUAUCUGUGCUGAAGUUGCAGGUAUGUGUCGUAGCUAUAGCUUUAACUUCAAAUAAGCGAUUGUGUGGGAAGUGUGGUUCAGUGUAUGGGUGGUCAAGGACA